CGAAGGGCGGGGCAGGGGCUGAGCAUUGGGCUGCAAUUCAAGGCUUCAGCCCAACCGCAGGCUCCGAGCAAGCUCCGAGCUUAGGGCAAGGGAUGGGGACGCCUAGCUGACGUGAUCCAGGCAGAGGAGUCGAGUCUCUGCAAACAGAGGAACACACUGGCGAAGAUUCGGCUCCCACAGCAACCUAAUUGUAGCUUUGAUCAACACUCCCCAUCUCUGGCCUCUGUUGCACCCUUUGCCCUCCGCCGGAGUAGUUCCCACUACAGCCAGCCAGUUCCGCACUACAGGAAACCGUCCCAGUUUACCGCGGAACAGCUCUGAGAGGCUACUUGGCUUCUGGCUCAGGCUCUGGGCAGGAAGGCCUGGCCGCAAGAUUGUUAGGUGGCCAAAAUGAACCGUAGGGGGCCUCAGAGAGUAUUUGCCCACUGGACAGCACACAGGCCCUGAAAAGGGGGCAUUUUGCAAGACUCUGGCUGUCGCCAUCUUUCUGAGGCCCAGGUAGGACUGUCCUUGACACCUGAACAGAAGCCUCAGUCAUGGACUAGGAGACAUGCAGACCAGUUUGCCAGAGCUGAAGAACUGAGUCAUAAAACUGUGUGAAGGAAAGAAAGAACUUGCACACAGAUCCAGACCACAUUCAGAGUGUUCCCUGGAGCUGGUGGAAGGACUUGCAGCAAUCCUUUCUCAUGUUGGAAGAUGGAUGACUCAGAGACAGAUUUCAACCUUAAGGUCGUCCUGGUCAGCUUCAAGCAGUGUCUCAGUGAGGAGGGAGAGGUGCUGCUGGACCACUAUAUCGCCAGCUGGAAGGGACUAGUCAGGUUUCUGAACACUCUGGGUGCUGUCUUCUCAUUCAUUUCCAAGGAUGUGGUCUCCAAGCUGCAGAUAAUGGAGCAUCUGAGAAGCAGCCCACAGUGUGAACACUACACUAGCUUGCAGUCCAUGGUAGCUUACGAGGUGGGCAACAAACUGGUGGACAUAGAUCGCCGCUCCCGUUCUCGGUACCCUAACUCGGGCUGCCGGACGGUGCUGCGCCUGCAUCGUGCUCUGCACUGGCUCCAGCUGUUCCUGGAAGGCCUGCGCACCAGCCCUGAGGAUGCGCGCACCUCCACGGUCUGCAGCGAUGCCUACAAUGCCACGCUGGCUGCCUAUCACUCCUGGAUCAUACGUCAAGCCGUCACUGUGGCCUUCUGUGCCUUGCCCACACGCAAGGUCUUUCUGGAGGCCAUGAAUGUGGGGUCUUCUGAGCAGGCAGUGGAGAUGCUGGGGGAGGCCCUGCCCUUCAUUGAGAAUGUGUAUGAUAUCUCCCAGAAGCUCUAUGCCGAGCACUCCCUGUUAGACCUGCCGUAAUGGUGGUGGCCACACUGUAUGGGCUUCCCCUGCUCAGAACUGGGUUUGGGUAACCUGGGACUACUUCCACAGCAUUGCUUUCUGGAUGCCCCUUUCUGAAAGCUGAGCUUGUUAGAGUCACAGUCUGUGAAAAAAAAGGUGGUGGGCAGCUGAACCAAGAGAGGUGGGUGCUAGUUGACCUCCUGGUCCAGGAUGAGACCAUUGAACUCCAGUUUUGCCCUCCGCUUUAGUUAUGUGUGUGUUCAGUAGGCCUUCCUGAAGUGCAGAUGGCACAUGGAGGAGAUGAGGGAGGAGGGUAACAUAUCUGCAACAACCCUGGGUUGCUUCACCUUCUGUGUGUGGAAUCUGAAGUGGUGUAAGGGCACAGAACCCUGGAGCUCAGGUUCUGUCUUCCCUACAGCCAAGAUGCCCAGCCAGUCUGCACCCUCCUGUGUCCAUCUUGAGCCUGAGACAUGACAUCAAUGCCAGACAAACAGCCCCAGGCCUACAUGUCUGGAGCCCCUUCAUAUUCCAAAAGCUGUCCUUUUGGAAUAUGGUAAGAUGAGGUUCCUGUGGCAGUGGUUUGAAUACUACAGGCUCUUUCCCUACCCUUCUCCAGCUUCCCUGUUAGUCUCUCUGCACAUUGAACAGGCCCUUGUCUCCUUGGAAAUUGAAAGUGUCUGAGACUGCUAGCUGAGGCUUCCCUGAGAAAGCCUACGUUGAUCAGCACAGCAGCCUCACAGCCUCUUCAGGACAGGAGCAUCAGCCUUCUGAAGGUGGCCUCCUGCCCUAGUGCUCUUGCAGCACAUGCACCCCAAGAUUUUAAUAUGUCAGUACUAACUGGCCAAACCAUGCCUCUCUCUGGGCAGCCCUGCUGCUCCUGUCACUAUGGUGUCCAGGUGACUUAGGACGUGACUUGUGGAAGGAGUCUGGCUCCCUUGUCUAGCUGACAGAUGGCCAUACCCAGCAUGGCACCCAGUACAUAAGGCCCUCACCUUUGCCACUGGGUCUUAGUGUUAAGCCCUAGGGACAGUGUCCCCAGUAUAGCUGAUGUGUAUAAACGCAAACAUUGGGGCACAUCUCUUUCCUUAAAAACUAUAAUAUAUGUGGUGUUUCCAACAUAAAUAAAUUAGACCUACAUGGCUGGGUAUGGCAUUCUG